GAGAGGGUGUGAGAGGACAGCGUCUCGGUCCCCGCUCCUCGCUGCUGUCUCUUUUCUUCCCCUUUCUGGUUCUCUCUCAAUCUCUCCUGCACAAUCUCGGUCCAGCUCUCCCUCUGUCUGGCUUCCUCUUCCUUCCCUCCUCCUUUGCUCGGUGAGCUUGAACUUCAGCUUGGGCAGGCGGUCCUAGCCUUCCGGGGGGCGGGCCCCCUCCCCCUUCCCUUCCCCCUCCCACUGGGGAAUCUUUCCCGGGGGGCGGGGAGGGGGAGCCGGGUGACUGGAGGUUGAAGGAAAUGAGACAACCUUUUCCUCCUGCAGACGCCGGUGUGUUCGGGGGGCCCGGCCGGGAGUCGGGGCCAGGAGGAGGAGGGGGAGGAAGGAGGACAAGAAGGUGGUCGCUGCAGAGCUGGGCCCUACUGGAGGCUCCGGAGGGCCAGGCUAAGGGAGACCCUGGAGGGGCUGCUCGUGGCGCGCCCUGCUCCCCCACACUUGGCUUCAGCCGCGAACCCCGAGACCGCCGCCUAGCCUGCUUUGUCCCGUCCUCUGCCGGGCUCCGCGGGGAGAGCAGCUAUCUGCUCGCGGAGCCCGCCCGCCGCUAGCCCGGACCCCCGAGAGUUAGGAGAUCCCGAGACACAGGGCAGUCAUCGGCUCCCGGGGCUCCCCGCUUGAGGGAGCCGUGACCAGGGCGGCCAGGGCCCGAGGCACCACAGCAGGAUAGUCUCUCCAGGCCUCUCCCUUCUGACUGACCUGAGCUCCUGGGCAGCCCCAUGGCUUGGCUGGCAUCAUCCAUGAGGGAGAAACAUAUUCUGCCGCUUCCUCAUCCCUGACACAGGACACCUGCCCAGCAGCAGACAGUGGGCCUGAGAGAAUAAGGGCACCAGCAGAUGCCCUCCUGUCUGAGACUUCAGGGGCUGGUCUGACCAGCCUUUGGCCCGGCAUGGAGCCCAGUGUCCCGGGUGCUGGGCAGAUGGCCUUCCUCAGCAACCUCCUGGCAGCUUAUUCCUUCAUCACCGAGCACCCCGAACGAGCUGCCCUGUGCUUCGUGUCCGGCGUGUGCGUGGGGCUGUUGCUCACGCUGGCCGCCCUGGUGGUGACAAUCUCCUGCCGAGCUGACUGCCAGCAGCCCCACGGAAAGAAGGGCCUGGUUGGGCGCCGGAGCCGCAGCAGCGACCUCAGCGACAGCGACAGCGCCAGUGACAGUGAGGAGGACAGCGGCAGCGGCUGCUCGGGCUCCUCGGACGGGUCCACGCGUAGGCCCUGGCUCUUUGAGCGCCCACCCCACAGGAACGUAUUCACGUCCGCCGAGGAGCUGGAGCGGGCGCAGCGGCUGGAGGAGAGAGAGCGCAUUAUCCGCGAGAUCUGGCUGAACGGGCAGCCCGACGGACCAGCCCUGGCCCCCGCCCCGGCCACCCGCAGCCUGAACCGCUACUACUGAGGGCAGGGCCCGGAUGGGGCCACGGGAAGAGGGGCAAGAGUGUGAGGAGGGGGCAGCGCAUCAUCGUCGAGAUCCGGCUGAACUAGCAGGCCGGCUGCGCGGCCCCAGCCCCAGCCACUCACAGCACAAACCGCUACUAUUGAGGGGCGGAGUGGGGCCCGAAAGGGGCUGGUAUGCCCCAGGGACUCAGCCUGAACCUUGGCCUUGGUCCCAGGCCCUAGCCUGGACCGAGCCUGUGUCCCCUGACAGCUACCAACCACCCUGCAGUGCAGGGACUUCCUGUCUUGUCAGUCAGUCGCCUUCUACCCUCCUGGAAGCAGUGAGCACAGGGUCCCUGCCCAAAGCACCCCCCUCCCCUGGGCCACACCCUAGGCAGAGGGGCUGGAGAAAGGGCUGAUCGUCAGCCCCUUUCUCUUCUUUUUCCUACUCCUCCUACUUCCCCUAAUUUCAGGGUAAGUUCGGUUAGGUGGGGUGAAGGGCCCUGGCUCAGGUCUCACAUCCCCUCCCUGCUCCAGCCAGUGCUCUGCUCUCUGUAGGCAGGGUGAUGGGCAACCAUCUAAGGUAGACGUCACCCAGCCCUCCGUCCCUGGAAUUCCUCGCAAUGAAAGGCCUGCCCCGGUUAGAGAAGACUGCUCGAGAGCUUCCUACUGAGGAGCCCCUGGGACUCUGGAGUCGGGUAGCUUCAGGGCUCUCCUCAGGGACUGCCCUCUGUUAGGUUGAUGGGUGGGCUCGGAGCGUGGAGAAUGGUGCAGUGAACCCCCUCAGGAAGGCUUCUUUCUCAGGACCCAGAGAUGUGCCCCCCCACCCCAAUCUCGGUGUUCCCUCAGCUCUGUGACUUUGGCCAAAGGUAUGGAGACCUCGGGUCGGGGCAUGUUUCUCACUUCUCCUGAAGGGGCUGAAUGGUCACUAAGUGAUGAGCUCAGAGCAAGUUUCAGUUUUGGUCUAAAUGUAAGAUGGUGAGUGUAUGAGUGUGUGAGUGUGUUCACGUGUGUGUAUGAGUGCCUGCGUGUGCGUGCAUGUGUGUGUGAGUGCAUGCGUGAGUGUGAGCGUGUUUGCAUGUGUGUGCACAUGCAUGCAAACGUGUAUCCCUGGGGGGGUGUGCGUGAUUGCAUGUGUGCGUACAUGCAUAUGUUCGUGUGUGUGCGCGCGCGUGUGUGUGACAGACGGACGAGGGAGAGACCCAUCUGUGAAUACAAACAUCUGAGGAUGCCCCGGGUCAGUCCGUCAGCCUCUGUGCCUUGGUCCUGGUCAGACAAUGGUCUUCUCAUGAAUAUAAAUGCACAUUGUUUUAUAUAUUUUAUUAAAAAAAAAGAAUCAGCCAAGAAAAGCUUUGUUUUUAUCUGAACGAUAUGAGCGCUGUGGGCUGGAAGCAGUGAUCUGAUCUCUUUUUCCUGUCCCUUCAUGUGCGUACCCCCUUCACCAAGGGGUUUAGAGGAGAACC